AACGAAGAGAAAACGCCUCCAUCCCUAAUUUCCAUCCAAAUCGAGUCUGCUCUGCUCUGGUGCAGACGAUGAGUGCUGCAAAGCUGCUGCAAUACGCUCGCCAAUGGAAGCCCGCGGCCAAGGAAGUUGUGCGCAUUUCCACCUCUCUUGCUCAGCUCUUCUCUUUGGUGCACGUCCUCGACACCUACGUCAUCCGCCAAACUGUAGUUUAUGGUCCGAGCAUGUUACCCACGUUGAAUUUCACCGGAGACGUUUUGCUGGUUGAGAAGCUGUCGUUUUUGCUGGGGAGGAUCGGCCCUGGCGACAUUGUUUUGCUGCGGUCGCCUGAAAACCCUAGGAAGUUCAUUACCAAGCGCAUUUUGGGUAUGGAGGGAGAUACUGUUACGUUUUUGGUGGAUCCCGGUCACAGUGACCGAACUCAUUCGUUAGUGGUGCCAAAGGGCCAUGUAUGGAUUCAGGGGGAUAAUAUCUAUUCAUCAAAGGAUUCGCGGAACUUUGGUCCAGUUCCUUAUGGGCUGAUCGUUGGCAGAGCAUAUUUCAGAGUAAAUUGUUGUGUGUGGCCGCCUGCGGACUUUGGAUCAUUGCAGCACUGAGAACUACAUACAUGGAAAUUGCAAUUGUUGUAUUAAAGGUGCACAGUAUUGACCAUUUCCUUUUUUUCUUUUUCAAUAAACAAUAAAUUACUUCAUCUUCCAGCUUAAUAUAAUCCUCUUUUAUUUUCCUUUCCUGUUGCAACACUUUUCAUGCUUUGCUGAUCUCAAAACUCUUGCUCGGGUUUUAAAAUGUAUGUGUAUUUCUGCAACACAAUGCACAAAUACAUGGCCAUUUAGUUUCUUACCGAUUAGAUAGGUAGGAGGCUGAAAUGUCUGACUACCUGUUUGGAAAUAUUUGUUUUACAUAUUUUAAAAUUCAAGAUCUAUAACUAAGUACCGAGCUUAUUAGUUCUAAUCAGUACAUAAAAAUGGUAUAUAUAGCACAUUUUUGGUAUAAAAAUGUGUAUUGUCUGUACUAUUAUCAUGAAUUGUCAAUUAAUAUAUGUAUUGUGUUUUGUGGAUA